AUGGCCCAAGAACGCAGCAGUACACCAGAACAGGAAGAUGAUGAAGAGUUCUUUGGCUUGGACGAUCUGAUGCCGGAGCCAGAGUCGCCGGUGCCAGCUCCAUUCUCUUUUGCCGCAUACGAGAUUCCAGAUGGCCUGCUUCCGUUGCUGCCAAAGCACAGGAGACAAAUGAUCCUGCGGCUGGUCGGGAGCCAUCCUCUCUGGGGCCACCACCUAUGGAAUACUGCCCGCACAUUCUCUACAUACCUUCUCUCCAACCUCGCUCUCACCUCCUCUCGGAACAUCCUCGAACUCGGUGCCGGUGCCGGCCUGCCUUCGAUCGUCUCUUGCCUGCCCGGUGCGGAUGCGCAAAAGGUCGUGGUGACCGAUUAUUCAGAUGAGGGAUUGUUGGAGAAUUUGAGAUUCAAUGUGGAAGUGGACCUGGAAGCGGAAGAGAGAGAACGAUGUGUUGUUGAUGGUCAUGUCUGGGGACACAAAGUUGGGCAUUUGCUGGAUCAUCUGCCGCAAGGACAGAUGUUUGAUCUUUUGAUACUAUCCGACUUGGUCUUCAACCACUCUCAACACGACGCCCUGAUCAAAACAGUCGAGUCCACUCUCGCCCCCGCCCCCUCCACCCCCUCAGAUCCGAUCACCUCCGCCCCUCUUACUCACCCCUCUGUCCUCGUCUUCUUCACCCACCACCGGCCCCACCUCGCGCACGCCGACCUUGCAUUCUUCCCCCGGCUCGCCGAAUCUGGCGGAGGGUGGGUGUACGAAAAGGUGGUGGACGAAUGGGCGGGUGCCAUGUUUGAGAAUGAUCCGGGAGAUGAAAGGGUCAGGGGGACUGUACAUGGGUGGAGAUGUUGGAGAGUUAGAGAUGGGGAAAAGAAGGGAGAGAGGGAGAGUGCGGUUGCCAAAUAG